AUGCAAUGCCACGACUGCGGCAAUGCCGAAGACACGGCGCUACACACGCUGGCCAUUUGCCCAGCGUGGGCUGAUGAGAGGGCCGCACUCGUGGCCGUAGUGGGGAGAGACCUGUCCUUGCCAGCAGUGGUAAAAGCCAUGCUUGGUGGGGAGAGUCGAUGGAAGGCGGUGGCCUCCUUCUGCGAGGACGUGAUGGUGCAGAAGGAGGCAGCGGAGCGUAGCAGGGAGGAAGAUCCGGCCUCUCAGCCAAUGCGCCGCAAGCGCGUGGGGCGGUUGGCAUAUGACCGCCGACCUCAGGAAAUACGUCAACUGCUUAAUGGAGAGGAGCUGGGUGACCGGAAACCUACAGUGUUCCUGCAACAUCUCCGUUCGCUGGCAGGAACUUCCAUGGGAGAUGAAGGGAUUCUGCGAGAAUUGUGGCUACGCCGCCUACCAUUAGAGGUACAGAGGAUUAUUAUUGGACAUAAAGACCUGGAGUUGGACAGCGUAGCUGAAAUAGCUGAUGCGCUCUUGGAGGCAUCACCUCCGGCUGUUACACCUGCUACAUGUGCAGUCAACAAUAAUAAUACUCCUGGGCCGUCGGAAAUGACUGCUCUCAUGAAGUGCAUUGACGACUUAACAAUGAGAGUUGAAGCCCUCAGUACCAGGGACUCGCAGCCAUCUCGUUUCCGCUCCCAGCCUAAUUCACAGUCGCAAUCUAGAUCCGGAGGACUACACCACAUCAUCACAACAGAAGGGCCGCCUGUGUCAUGCCGUCCACGAAGACUUGCACCUCAAAAACUACAGGCAGCAAAGAAAGAGUUUGAUGAUAUGGUGAAGUGUGGAACUGCUCGCCUAUCAAGCAGCCCCUGGGCUUCACCCUUACACAUGGCAAGAAAAGGUGAGCAUGGAUGGCGUCCGUGUGGCGACUACCGUAUACUAAAUUCUAGAACAGUUCCAGAUCGAUAUCCGGUGCGUCAUAUAGGUGACUUUGCGCACAAUCUGGCAGGCUCAACAAUUUUUAGCACAAUAGAUUUAGUAAAAGCCUAUCAGCAAAUACCAGUACAUGAGGCCGAUAUCAGUAAAACCGCGAUAACGACCCCCUUUGGACUAUUCGAGUUUCCCUUCAUGACCUUCGGGUUGCGCAAUGCUGGACAGUCUUUCCAGCGCUUUAGGGAUGAAGUAGUGAGGGGACUUGAUUUCUGCUACCCGUACAUUGAUGAUAUCCUUGUGUUUUCCAGGGACCCUGCAGAGCAUGCUCGACAUCUUCGAGCUCUGUUCCAGAGGUUGUCCAAGUAUGGAGUCGUCGUCAACUCCUCGAAGUGCGUGUUAGCCGCAGACGAGUUUACGACGGAUAUAGUGCAUGUCCAAGGAAAGGAGAACGUCGUGGCGGAUACGAUGUCAAGAAUUGAGGCGAUUCGGAUCGAGGACGAUUACGCGGAAUUGGCAAAGUCUCAAGAUACUGAUGAAGAGCUCCGUAAGGUACAAACUAAUUCCUCUUUAAAAAUCGAAAAGAUAAAUUUACCAGGCAUCAAUGUGAAAAUUUUUUGCGACGUAUCGACAGGUAAACCUCGUCCAUACCUAACUCCAGCCUUCCGUCGGAAGUACUUUGAGAAGAUCCACAAUCUCAGCCACCCUGGCGCUCGAGCUUCGGCCCGUUUGAUGGCUGAUCGUUUUGUCUGGCCUAACAUAAGGAAGGAAUGUCGACAAUGGGCACGUAGCUGCCUUGCUUGCCAACGCUGUAAAGUUACCAGACACGUAAACGCACCAUUGGAGAAGUUUACUAGCCCUUCCCUUCGCCUACGCCAUGUACAUCUCGAUAUCAUCGGCCCCUUGCCCCACAGUAAAGGUUACCAGUACUGUUUGACAGCUGUCGACAGAUUUACCCGGUGGCCAGAGGCUUGGCCAAUGGUCGGGAUCACGGCAGAAGAAGUAGCAGAAACGUUCACCCGGGAAUGGAUAUCCCGAUACGGGGUACCCUCUGUGGUAACCACUGACCAAGGACGUCAGUUUGAAUCAAACCUUUUUCAUCGCCUCAUGGACGUUUGCGGUACUAAUCGCGUUCGGACGACUGGGUAUCACCCACAAGCGAAUGGAAUGGUGGAGCGCAUGCACCGUCAAUUAAAAGCGGCUGUCAUGUGCCACGGAGAGACCUGGUUAACAGCAUUGCCUCUGGUAUUAUUAGGCAUGAGAACCGCACUUAAAGAAGACUUGAAAACGUCUGCCGCCGAGCUACUGUACGGUGAGCCUCUUCGUCUCCCCGGCGAGCUCAUCGUUGCUCCAGAGAAAACAGCAGGUUCUGAGGUAAUGAUGGAUUUUGUUACUCGAUUGAGAAACCAUAUGAAAGGACUACGAGCCACACCCGCUGCCCAUCAUAUCCAACCAUCUUCAUUUGUUUUUAAAGACCUGAAUAUCGCGACACACGUAUUUCUUCGAGACGAUUCAGUGCGGCGCUCUCUGCAACCACCUUACACUGGACCGUAUCUAGUCAAACAGAGGCAGGGCAAAACCCUGACCAUAGAUAUAAAUGGCAGAGAGGCUACCGUCAGUAUUGACAGAGUAAAACCAGCACACAUAGAUAGCUCGGAGCCCAGUCAAACUUCUGUUCUGCCAUUACCUGCUGCAGCACCUGCACCAGAUGCUUCUCCAGCGCCAGUGCCCGUUCCAGGUCCUACUACCCAUUCUCCAACUCCCGCUCCUAUACCUAUAGUCACUAGGGCAGGGAGGAUAGUAAAGCACAAGAAUAGGUUAGAUUUAUAA